AUGGAGCGCGGCAGCGGCUUCGGCGCGGGAUCCCGGGCGGAGGGGACUACGCGGGGCUCCCCUCUCUCCGGGAAGAUGGCCGAGCCGGGCGCAGUGCGAACCUCGCCACCCAACCACCGGUCUCCAGGCAUGGAUGGAUUUUUAAAAUCAGAUGAGAGACAAAGAUUGGCCAAAGAAAGACGAGAAGAAAGAGAUAAAUGUCUGGCUGCCCGGGAACAGCAGAUCCUGGAGAAAGAGAAAAGAGCCAAGCUCCAAUACGAAAAGCAAAUGGAGGAGCGAUGGCGCAAACUGGAAGAGCAGCGGCAACGGGAGGACCAGAAGAGGGCAGCUGUGGAAGAGAAGAGGAGGCAGAAGCUGCGGGAGGAGGAGGAGCGGCUGGAGGCGAUGAUGCGCAGGUCCAUGGAGCGCACACAGCAGCUGGAGCUGAAGAAGAGGUAUUCGUGGGGAGCACCACUGGCCACAGCACCCGGAGGACGUGAUGCAUGUGACAAACUUUCAACAUCAACCAUGAAUUUGCCAAAGCAGACGGAGCCUCCCAUGAGUAAACGCCUGUCUUCAUCCACCGUGGCAAUAUCCUAUUCCCCAGACCGAGCUCAUCGCACGCACCAUAGUCCCAUGGAUUUUCUUGUUAUGCGACUGUUGACACCCACACAGGCUUCUUUAGCCAGAAGCAGAAGUACACUUAUGCUCUCUGAGCAGGCCAGUGACUCAGUAUCUCAUACCCGUCCUCGUAUAGCUCCUGCUGGCGCUCUUAAAUCUUCUUACAAGUCUUCUCCCACUCGAAACACUGAGCGGAAGAAGGCUACGUCUGCAUCUGGCGUAGGAGAUUCUGGAAGAGGAUCCCCUGCAGGAGCAGAGGCCUCUCCGGUAGAGAAGAUGAAGAGGGGGCAGCGAAUGACAACUUCCUCCCCCACUGGGAGCCUCGGAUCCCCUCUGAGAAGAUGCGAGUUUCCUGGAGGUGCUUCUAAGAGGUCAUCUUCUCCUGUGAUAACCAAGACAACUUCGAAAGCGUUUUCACAGUCUCCAAAGAUGACAAAGCCACCAUACGCAGGAUCUCCUGUGAAGUACCGUGGUCCUACCCUUCCUGGCCAAGAAACACCCAAGAAGAAGGCAGAGAAAGAGAAGAGCAACAAGGAAAGGGAAGGUGCCUUGGUGCAGCAAGCCGCCGGGCCCCUCUGGGAGGAGGCCCCAGAGAAGCAUGUGGUGGACAAGCAUGCCAGUGAGAAGCACAGCCCCGCAGGAGGGAAGGCCGAGAGUGGUGCAGCCUUGGGGAAGCCCACCGCAGGCACGACUGAUGCAGGAGAGGCUACAAAGAUCCUGGCUGAAAAGAGGAGACGGGCCCGGCUGCAGAAGGAGCAGGAGGAGCAAGAAGAACGAAUCAGGCUGCAGAGAGAGGAAUUAAAAAGAAAGGCAGAGGAAGAAAGGCUUCGCCUAGAAGAAGAAGCAGCCCGUAAGCAGGAAGAGGAAAAGAAGCGGCAGGAAGAGGAAAAGAAGCGCCAGGAAGAGGAAGAGAAAAGAAAGGCAGGCGAGGAGGCCAAGCGAAAGGCUGAGGAGGAGCUACUAUUGAAAGAAAAGCAAGAACAAGAAAAGCAAGAACAAGAAAAGCAAGAAAAAGCCAUGAUUGAAAAGCAGAAGGAAGCAUCAGAAACAAAGGCCCGGGAGGCAGCUAAACAGAUGCGUCUAGAAAGAGAACAGAUCAUGCUGCAGAUUGAGCAGGAGCGGCUGGAGAGGAAGAAGAGAAUAGAUGAAAUCAUGAAGAGAACAAGGAAGAGUGAUGUGUCUCCAGAAGUGAAGAAAGAGGACCCCAAAGUGGGGAUUCAGCCUACUGUGUGUGUGGAAAAUAAGACGAAACCUGUUGUCCCCAACAAAAUAGAAAUCAAUGGAUUGAACACCUGCCAGGAAGUUAAUGAUGUGGGGCGUAGUGCCCCAGAAACUGUUCCCCAAGACAUUUUCUCUAAUGGGCUUAAACCAGUUGGGGGACUUGUUCAUCUGGAUGCCCUUGAUGGGAAAUCAAACAGUCUGGAUGAUUCAACUGAAGACGUUCAAUCUAUGGAUGUGAGUCCUGUUUCAAAAGAAGAGCUUAUUUCCAUCCCAGAAUUUUCACCAGUGAGUGAAAUGAUUCCUGGAGUGUCUCUGGACCAAAAUGGAACUGGUAAUGCCCGAGCACUUCAAGAUAUCUUAGAUUUCACUGGUCCCCCUACAUUCCCCAAGAAAUCCAGUGAAAAUCUCAGCCUGGAUGACUGUAACAAAAACCUUAUCGAAGGAUUUAACAGUCCUGGCCAAGAAACUACUCUGAACACCUUCUGUUGA